CUCAUGCAGCUCCCCCCAGCGCUCCCACCAUGGAUGAUGCUGUAGUGCUUGGAAAGAAAGGCUAUAGCCUGAGCAACACGCUAGGAGAAGGCUCUUACGGCAAAGUGAAAUCUGCCUACUGCGACGGGCUGAAAUGCAAUGUGGCCAUCAAGAUAAUCGACAAGAGGAAAACUCCUCGGGACUUCCUGGAAAGAUUUCUCCCCAGGGAAAUAGAGGCUUUGAGACGUUUGCACCACCCCUCAAUCAUCAAAACCUAUGAGAUUUUUGAGACAUCAGCUGGGAAAGUGUACAUCGUGAUGGAGCUGGGGGAAAAGGGAGACCUCCUGGACUACAUCAAGACCACAGGUGCUAUGAAAGAGGACAUCGCUCGCAUGAAGUUUCAGCAGUUGGCUUCUGCCAUCAAGCAUUGCCACGACUUGGACUUUGCUCACAGGGACCUGAAAUGUGAAAACAUCCUUCUCGAUGAAGACCUCAACAUCAAGCUGUCAGACUUUGGCUUUUCUAAAUCCUUGUCUCGGGAUGAAAACGGAAGAACUAUCCUCAGCCAAACCUUCUGCGGGUCUGCUGCGUACGCAGCCCCUGAAGUGCUGCAGGGCAUUCCUUGUGACCCCAGGAUUUCUGACAUAUGGAGCCUGGGUGUCAUCCUGUAUACAAUGGUCUAUGCUUUAAUGCCAUUUGAUGAUUCCAAUGUCAGGAAAAUGAUCUGUAUUCAGAAACAACACAGGAUUCCCUUCCCCACCUCAAAAUACUUGACUGUAGAGUGCAAGGAUCUCAUUUACCACUUGCUCCAGCCCAAUGUGUCUCAGAGGUUGUGCAUAGAUGAAGUUUUGAAACACUCAUGGCUGCAGACUCCAAAAUCCAAGAUCCCUUCCCCUUUGCCACUGCAGAAGAGGGUGAGUGUUCCCAAAACCUGCGUGAAGAAAAGCCUGAGCACAAGCAGCAAGCCAAAUCCCAUUCUGCAGAAGGGGAAGGAGAGGAGGAAGAAAUGGGAUCCUUUUAAGGAUGGCUGGUUAUAG